AGCGUGACAAACCAACAGGCCGCAGAAGAAGAAGCUGCUUUGGGCCCCUCACUCACACUGACAGAGUCCACAGGAAGAUCAGUAAGUCGUCCCUUCUCCCCACCCCAGCAUGGCCGACUCCAUGGAGAUAGAUGAUUCAUUGUACAGUCGGCAGCGGUACGUCCUGGGAGACCGUGCCAUGCAUCAGAUGGCCCAGUCCUCCGUGUUUUUGAGUGGAAUGGGGGCGCUGGGAGUGGAAAUAGCGAAGAACAUCGUCCUGGCUGGAGUGAAGGCGGUCACGUUGCAUGACAGCAGGCAGUGUGAAGUUUGGGAUCUGGGCACUAACUUCUUUAUUCGAGAGGAGGACGUUCACAGCCAGAAGAAAAGGGUGGAGGCUGUCCACUCCCGGGUGGCUGAAUUAAACCCCUAUGUUCAGGUCAGUGUGUCAACUGUUGCCCUGGAUGACAGCACUGAUCUCAGCUUCCUGCUUAAUUACCAGUGUGUCGUUCUAACAGAGACACGGCUGACCUUGCAGAAGCGGAUCAAUCAUUUUUGCCACUCCCAGCAGCCUCCCAUCAAGUUCAUUGGCUGUGACAUGUUUGGGAUCUGCUCGCGAGUGUUUUGUGAUUUCGGCGAUAGCUUUGAAGUGUCAGACCCGACGGGGGAGGAGUCCAAAGAGCUUUUCAUUCAGAACAUCACUCAGGACAAUCCCGGGGUGGUGACGUGCAUGGACAACCAUACACACGGGCUUCAGACAGGACAGAGUGUGUGUUUUAGAGAAAUCAACGGCAUGUCAGAGCUCAAUGGCAUCACACGGCAAGUUACAGUUGUCUCUCCCUACAGUUUUGCAAUAGGUGAUACUUCAUCCUUCCCACCGUAUCUCCAUGGUGGAAUCUUCCGCAUGAUCAAGAUCCCUAAGACCUACAGCUUUGAGACGAUGGAGCAGCAGUUACGUGAUCCUCGGCUUCUUAUUCCAGACUUCAGCAAACCUGAGGCUCCACUGCAGAUCCAUGCAACAAUGAUAGCUCUGGACAUGUUUCAGGAGCAACAUAAAAGGCUGCCCAGCAUAGGUUGUUUGCAGGAUUCUGAGGUCUUGCUGAAGCUCACAGAGGAGGUUAAUGAAACACUGAAAAACAAAGUGUGUGUGAACCCUUCGCUGGUGCGGUGCGUAUCACGCUGUGCAAGGGGCUGCCUCUCUCCCUUGGCAGCAGCAGUGGGGGGCAUCGCUAGUCAAGAAGUGCUGAAGGCUCUCACAGGGAAAUUCACACCACUUCAACAGUGGUUUUAUCUGGAUGCUUUAGAGGUGGUACAGCCCCUCCAGUCGCUUCCUGCAGAGGAGUUUGCCCCGAGGGGAGAUCGCUAUGAUGCUUUGAGGGCAUGUAUUGGUGAGCCGUUGUGUUCGGAUUUGCAUAAGCUUCAUAUUUUCAUGGUGGGCUGUGGUGCAAUAGGCUGUGAGAUGCUAAAGAAUUUUGCGCUGCUGGGCGUGGGAUUGGCCAGAUGCUCAGGAGAGGUUUGCGUUACGGAUCCAGAUCUAAUAGAGAAAUCUAACCUCAAUCGGCAGUUUCUUUUCAGACCUCAUCAUAUACAGAAGCCAAAGAGCCUCACAGCGGCUCAGGCUACAUUAGAGAUAAAUUCGGAGCUACAGAUAGCUGCACAGCUGAACAAAGUGUGUCCUGCCACAGAGGACAUGUACAACGAUGCCUUCUACUCACGCCUCAACCUGGUGGUCACUGCGCUGGAUAACGUGGAGGCCAGGAGAUACGUGGACAGUCGGAGUGUGUCCAAUCAGAAAGCUUUGCUUGACUCGGGUACCAUGGGGACAAAAGGUCACACGGAGAUCAUCGUGCCAUACCUGACCGAGUCCUACAACAGCCAUAGAGACCCACCUGAGGAGGAGAUUCCCUUCUGCACUCUUAAGUCUUUCCCUGCUGUGAUUGAGCAUACUAUACAGUGGGCCAGGGACAAGUUUGAAAGUGCCUUCUCACACAAGCCCUCCAUGUUCAACACGUUCUGGCAGAACCAUCUGUCAGCUGAAGAUGUAUUACAGAGGAUGAACCUGGGAGAGAGUAUGGAGGGGGGCUUUCAGGUCAUUAAGCUAUUGAGUCGUAGACCCACGCACUGGGAGCACUGCCUGGCCCUCGCCCGCCUCAAAUUCGACAAGUACUUCAAGAGAAAGGCACUACAACUACUGCACUCAUUUCCACUGGAUACACGACUAAAAGAUGGCAGUCUCUUCUGGCAGUCUCCCAAACGACCUCCAUCUCCUUUAGAGUUUGAUGUCAAAGACUCACUGCACUUUGGUUUCGUGGUCAGCACAGCUCGACUGUUUGCAGAAAUUUACAACGUGCCGUAUUCAGAAAAGAAUCUCUGUUAUGAUGCUGUAUCCAGUGUUUUGACGGAAGUGAAAAUUCCAGAAUACAGACCAGCAGAGAAGCAUAUAGAGACCGAUGAGACGGCGAAGAAGCCUGAUCAGCUGAAGCUGACCGUGAGCAGUGAGGAGGAGAGAGAAGCCAUAUCACAGCUAGAGGAGGUCAUCACCUCCGGCUUCAUCACACCAGAGAACUUGCGCAUGACACCGCUGAUCUUCGAGAAGGAUGACGACUCAAACGGUCACAUGGACUUUGUGGAGACAGCGUCAGCACUGCGGGCGCGCAUGUACUCCAUCGAGGCCGCCGACCGCCUUCAGACCAAGCGCAUCGCCGGCAAAAUCAUCCCUGCCAUUGCUACAGCAACUGCUGCUGUUGCUGGCCUGGUGGCCUUGGAGAUGAUUAAAGUUGUUGGUGGUUAUGGCUUUGAGUCAUUUAAAAACUGCUUCUUCAACCUGGCCAUUCCUGUUGUGGUUCUAACAGAGACGGCACAUGUUAAGAGGAUUCAGAUCAGAGAUGAUAUCUCAUUCUCUAUCUGGGAUCAGUGGUCAAUCACUGGUCAUGAGGACUUCACUUUGUCUGACUUCAUCAAUGCUGUCAGGGAAAAGUACGGCAUUGAACCCACCAUGGUAGUUCAUGGAGUGAAGAUGCUGUACGUUCCUGUCAUGCCUGGACACAGCAAGAGACUCAAACUGACAAUGCAGAAGCUGAUCAAGCCCUCAGCGGAAAGAAAGUACGUUGACCUCACUGUGUCUUUUGCUCCAGAAGCUGACGGAGAUGAGGAUCUGCCCGGCCCUCCAGUGCGCUACUACUUCAGCCACGAGGCAGAGAGUAGCGAGAGGGCCUGACGCGCUCACUCACACCCAUAUUACACCCCCUCCCCGAAUCCUGCCCUGUGGACCACUAGUGGAGUAGCACUUGAUCAGACUUGAUGUACAUAGUACAUUUUUUUUUUUUUGUUUUCUACGGGUUUGUUAUUUUAUUGCAUAGCUUUGUCUGUGCUGAUGCCUUAAGAAACAAAUAUUGUGCUUCAAUGUGAUAUUAAUAUGAUGAAUAUAAGAUUAUCAAUUAAGAGUAAACAGAUGACGAAAAAUAGUGUUUACACUCAACUUGAGGCUUAUGAUACCUACUGUUUUAUUCUGAGAGGAGGCAGAAAGGAAAAACCCGAUAAAUGGACAGUUUGCGGGGUAGAAUACAAGGAAUAACGGAUGCAACAGUAAUAUGAGUUGACUGAAUACUUUUCAAUGCCAGCUGGAAGGAAAGGAAUGAAGAGAAUGAGGCUGAAUUCACCGGUCACUGCAGUCUACACCAACUCUGAAAAUCUUUGUGAAAAGUUACGUUAAAGUCAGAGGUUCGUCAGAAUUACAAUUUGGCUCUGUGUGCUGCUUGUUUUGGAUUGUGGGGGUUCCAACAAUAACACUGGUGGUAGGAUUCGUUUAUUUCUGUUGACUUGAGGCCAGUGUUCUGCUUAAGAGAAAUGUAUAACCAAUAUAUGACAUAAAAAUGACACAUUUCUCCUUCUGCUUUGCAGCUGCGUUUAGCAUACUGAACAGUAAUCUCAAAGCCAACUCCUCCAACUCUGAGACUGGUCAUAAAAAGUGUUUGGAAUAUGGUCACGUAGGUGUUGUUUUAGCAGGUCAGUCAUCCUUGUGGAUGCUGUCAGAAGGACAAAUGCCUUCUCAUGUUUGCCACAUGGGGGAGCUGUGGUUAAUACAACCCUACAGGGCUCAUUAAUACUCAUUAGCCUUAGCACUCAUCUCAGAUAUUUGCUAACAUAAGUAUACGGCUUGUAUAAGCAUGACCACUGCCACACUGUUAAUGCUGUCCAUUCUCGGGAACAACAAUCAGGUUCCUUCCGCUCAGUUGGUUUGGAGGUCACUGUACUUGUUGCUGUACUGCAGUGAAUCCUAGCUGGCAUAGCUGCGUUAUCAAGGCCAAAUUACCCUAAAUUUUGAGCUUGCAAUGAUAAGUAGCCCCCAACAAAAUAGAAGAGAGAAGUGGUCUCAUGGGGGGAUGUGUUUUCUUUUGCUCCCUUUAAAAUGGGCAACGUUCCUUUGCACAGAACUCUUUCUGAUGAUGUCCUCUGUAUUCGUGACUAAAUGAUGUCAAACUUCACAGCAAAAUACCAGCGAUAGUCUAGUGAAGCGGUUUGAUCUUCUUACGCAUCAUUACUGUGACUGGGGUAUUCCUUUUGAAGGUCCAAUAAAAUUCACCUUUCAAAACCGUG